AUGAAUGUCGACACACAAACGCGUUUGAGUCUAAAAGAGACAAACGUUGCUGAUGAUCUUAAUGCAACUCUUCAUAAACUAACUCAAUCCGAAACCAUUAAGCUUCUCCUCGCUUUGGUGGACUGCUAUCGCAUAUCUCUCCAACGAAGACUGAAAGAACAAAUUGAAAACUUUACAGAAUCCCUUACCAACUUAGAGAAGGGUUUUUCAGAACGUCAACAGAUUUAUUUUAAAUUGCAAUCGGCUGAGAAAAGGCUAAUCCAUUCAAAGAACAUUCUUCCUACAGCACUACCUAAGGAGAUCGUGAAUUGCAUUGCCUCACUUUCAACUUCAAUUAAUGAUUCAGUAUAUUGGCAUAACAAAUUCGAAAAACUUGCGAAAUUGAAACAGUUCGAUACUACGGGUUCAAGCAUAUCAAUGGCUGAAUGGAUUUCGAUUUUGAACAAUGCUCAUAACAUUCUUACUGAUCACGAUUGGGACUAUAUUUCUGUACACGUUUUAAAGAGCGUCAAAUCGGCAAAGUUCUGCCGCUUGUACUGGCUUCAUAGACUGCGGCCUGAACUGGGACGUGGACUUUGGUCAUCUAGUGAGAUAGCGGCGUUGGAGUGUGCUGUGAGAGAAUACGGUCCUUAUGGACGAUGGCAACAGAUUUCUGAGCGCUUAAAUUGCGGACGGACUGCCUUUUCUUGCUUCAAAGCUUGGCACAAGUACCUAAAUCCUCGACAUCCCUCCGUAGGUUAUUUGGAUCGCUGCGAUCUCCACAUUUCUUUUCUCAUCAAUCAUGUAACUCCUCCUCCACCUUUCAAGCGAACACAUUGGAGUCCCGACGAGGAUGAAUCUUUGGAUUUGAUUGUUGACGACGAACUUUUGCACGAGUGCAAGGCGAUAAGUUUGAUAGACUGGGGGGUAGUGAGUGCACGUCUCCAGACACGCUCAGCUGUAGCUUGUCAGCGGCGCUAUUACGAACGCCACCAGCUUACUCGCUCUUCACCGAAAACGCCUUUCUCUCCUGAAGAAGAUCUUGCACUUUUGAUAGCUAUUCAACGCCUUGGCACUGGUGGUGGACAUUACGGCUGGGGUAACGCUGGUGAGAACCCUAGAAACCUCGGCACCUGGUCCGUCAUCGCUGCUGAGCUACCGGGGGGACAUCGCACAGCAAAAGAAUGUGAGCUGCGUCAUAAUCAGCUGUGCGAGAAGUUUCAACCCUGGAGCUACGCUGAGACGCGGCGCCUUUUUGAAUUUAGCUCCCGGGUGUCGGAAGCUACAAACAACGAGACUGGACCGUUUAUUGCUGUCAAUAUCCUCCCUUACUUUCCGGGCCGUCCAAUAUCUGCUCUUUUGAAUCGAUUGCGGAACUGCAGGACUCUGGCUAGCAUUUUGAAACGCUUGCAAAGGCUUCCCAAUCAAUGUGCUCUUGUAAAAGAUUUCCUCUCCUGCACCGAUUUCAAGCCCCUCCGGUCGCAUCUGUUCGACUCACAAUCUAUUUUUGGUGAAUGGCUAAAGGAGCUCCAACAAUUGGGUGUUUCGAAUCCGGAAGCUUACGCGUUUUCAAAGCUUCUUUCAUGGAGACCUCGCAAACGCUAUGAACCUCCAGAAGGUCAAAAGCACAGCCUCAAGGCAGAGAUGAAUCACGAUUUUAGUCAGCUUCUGCUUGACUUGGAAGAGAAGCUUCUUUUACCGUCCAAGUCUGAGUUGUCUGAUACGAACUCAGAUGCUAAUGCUUCUAGCCUCUCAGUGCAGCCCAUUUCGGCAUCAGAUGAACAACUGAGCGUCCUUGACGUCGCUAGGCUCAUAAAUAAUUAUCAGGCAAGUUCCAUGAAUGUUAUCGUGCUCAUGCUUGUAACAUUUCAAGUUCCACUAUUUCUUGACCAGGAUAGAGGUGAUGGAAAGCGGAAAAUCAAACCAUUGGUGCAUCGUAUUAAUAAGGAUGCAUCGGCAAGCAUUCAGGAGGUCGGAGAGAAGUUGCUGAAGGAUCACAACUUCUUCGCGAAGGUAUUUGACCGGGUUCUGAGCAGCAACGAGACGGCUUCCCAGGCCUACAACAGCCAUAACUUUCGCGUCUUGGACUUGAUGGCUCCUGAGCUAGCUGGAGAUAUGCUGUUCUUCGCUCAACAGUUUGACGAGGAUGUUUUUCUUGGCCCCUCCAAAUCGCGUUCACAUGAAUGCAAGCUUAUGAUCAAAUGUAUUCCUCGCUCAAAACUUCAACGUAUCCUGCGAAUUAGACAAAUUUUGCUCAAAUCACGAAUAUCGUCAAUUAAAUCGGGUUCACUAAAGACGCCUUGGGCAAUGCCAUUCAUUGAGGGCGGUCGUAGCGACCACGACCAAUGCAAGAUUCCGUUUCUUAUCCAAGUACCCGAUCCUCUUCAGAAGUGUGUCAUCGGUUCUUCUGAUUGGUUGACAAAAAAUGUGAUUCCUUUUGUCGCCAUGUGUCUGGGCGUUCGUAGUUCAUUGCCAGAAGUAAGGCGGAGUGGUCCUCGUGUCGCUUUGGAGAGAGAUGACCUUGGCAUCAAGUUGAUGCCUCCUAACCUUGCCACAAUUUCGGCCUUAAAAGCCCUGUUAAUGAAACUCCCCGAACUACAAAAGGCAGCUGGUGGGAAUGCACUGCGUGUUCUUCGUUGCAGGGCCAACUGCAAUUUCUUCGAACGUUUCUCUACGAGCAGUGUGACCAUUCCAGCCGAUACACAACUCAACCCCAUCAUACGGGAUCGACCUGAUGUGGCAGCCCUGUUAUCGAGUUGUAAGCAUCGCAUCUUUGUUUUGCGGUGCUUAUCUCUUUUCCUCUGGCCCUGCCUCCUCGCUAACAUGCGUUCUCACAGUAUUGUGGAUUGGUCACUCACAGUGCUCUGGGAACAGUUAAUGCCUCCGCGCAAACGUUAUUUAAGGUCGGAAAGCCUGGGGAAUAAAAGUAAACCGCCAGACCUGUGGAUGCAUCUCACUCUCGACUGUGAUGCUAACUUGAAUGUACACUGCGAGCUGCCGACAAGUGUGGAGGAGCUUGUGCGCACUGGAUUUGUUCCCAGUGGUUUUUGUGCCUAA